ACAAUGUGAGCAUAUCUUCGUUUAUUUCAGAAUAUGCACCAGGGCUAUCCCAAAGAAACACUGGUGCGUUUCCUUAAGGCUAGAGAGUGGAAUGUAGCAAAGGCUCAUAAAAUGAUUGUAGAAUGUUUGAAUUGGAGGAUUCAAAAUGAAAUUGAUAGUGUGCUGGAGAGGCCUAUAGCCCCAGUAGAUUUAUACAGAUCAAUAUGUGAUUCACAACUUAUUGGCCUGUCAGGAUACACAAAGGAGGGUCUCCCAAUUUUUGGCAUUGGUGUUGGGCAUAGCACAUAUGACAAAGCUUCGGUAAUUACUCUGAUGCUUGCUAUUUGUUUGGUAGGCUACAACUACAGCCAAAAUCAUAAAAGUGUCUGGUUUGAAGCUAUCAGCACUAAGCCAAAUAAAGGAUUCCGGCUCUCAUCAAGUGACUCCCCCUCAUGUUGACUUUGCGGAUGUCUCAAUUCUAGUGGUGGAGCUACGAACAACAAUCCAAUGUCCUGAGCGAGAGCGAUGGAGUUAAUGUUUGAACUUGUGUGUUUGAACUUGUGAACUAAAAAUGUGAACUAUGUAUGUGAACUUGUGUGAAUUUGUGAACUUAUGUAUUUGGACUUAUGUGAAUUUGUGAACUUAUAUAUUUGGACUUGUGUGAAUUUGUGAUAUGAACAUAUAUCAAUGUGUUUGAAAUCUGUAUUGUAUG